CAUUUCCACGCAUUUGUACCGGGGGAGGGAAGUAAGGGAGAUUAAGAGAGAAGUUUGUCUCACUACAUGACCGACAUCUGAGUGAAGUUCACCCAACUUAACCUGACGGAGGACAUUUUUCCCAUUCAACUCCACCAACCUGAACUUAAAAGAAGAGGAGAAACUGUCCGUUGGGUAAUGAUGGAGCUCACCGGGCUGUUGCUUCUGGAGCUGGUGCUGUACGCCAGCUGCUUCGUCUGCGGGAUUGUCACCGCCGCGUCCCUCACCAUCGUCCAGGGUAAUUUUGGAGGGCUGUGCAUGCUGUAUGGAGCUGUGAGCUACAAUGCGACAGAAAGCGUCCUUGGGGUUCAGGACACCAGCUCAGCCUCCCUGUGCUACUUCGUGUCGGCCAUAUCGGUAAUGGUGGCCGUGCUGUGCUUCUCGCUCUCCCUGUACUGGUUGUACGCCGUCUGCAUCGACGGUGACGCUCGCAGGGAGGUCGUGUGGAUGAACGUGACGGUGGGCAUGAGCGGCAUCUUUCUCUUCUUCCUCCUCAUCUCGGGCUGCGUGCUCAAGAUCGGCCGAGAUACGCUUUGCAAUUCUGUGACACGCAGCGUUCCCAACAUGACCAGCUGCGAGGAGGCCCAGACAAAGAAAUGGGUCAGUCCGAUCAAAGGAGACAACUUUUUCACCGGACUGCAAAAGGCUGAGACUGCUGUGUGGGUGAACUUCUUCCUCUGGCUCCUCAUCGGCACGCUGAUCUUCAUUCAGAGGCGCCAGAGCUUGGGGCCAAAAGUGAUCACAGGAGGUCUGGGCGGGCCGACCGGCGGGCUUUUCGGUGACCCGGGGGUGACGGCUGCCGAAACUGAGCCCUUUUUCAACAACCCUGCUAGGCCACAGUGAUGUGGCGUUGAACACACACAUGCACACACACUGUUUUGUACUGACUGUAUGCACUUAAUUUCAUACAUAUCGGCUAAAUAAGUGUUUUAAAAUAUAUAAUGUAUUUAAUGACUCUUGCAAGUAACGCUUUAAACGUAAUGUAAAUUGUCAAUUAUUUUUGACCUCCUGUUCUAUUAUUUCAUGAAAUAAAUUCUCCACUUUAAA